AGAAGACAUUUUAUUCGUAAUUUUAAUUAAAAAAAGCUGCUUUAUCGACAGUGAAAAACCGCUGUAGAAUUCAAAAGAAAAUGGCUACGCACGUACAGCCAGGUGAGGCUCCUGGCUCACCUUGCAGGUUGUGAGUGGAUUUAAAAAACGGUUACAACAUCAAUCGAGUGAACAGUGCCGAUAAAAAAAGCGUAAUGUGAAUAAUCCUAGGUCAGAGCAUUCACUUCUCCAAGAAUCAGUGAGAAUGUUGCGAGGAAUACGUUCGAAAAACAGUGAGAUGCCUAUUCCGACGAGAGCUGCUCCCAAACCACCUGGACAGCUGGCACAGCGAACCAUGGCGUGGAGCAAUGGUGAUCCAUUUGGACCUCUCACGAUGCCCCAACCUGUCCAAAAAAAAAAACCACCGCCUCGACCUCCGCCUCCUCGCUUCCGCAAAGAUAAUGCACAGAAUGUCAUCGACAAGUCGAGAAAACCUGCGAGACCGACGGAGCUCUUGGGAAAUUUAUUUGGUCUAAAGAUCGCAUCGAGACAGCAGCAAAUGAAUCCUCUACUCCCUACUAAUCACAGUCGUCCCCCAAGCACAGGAGUUCAGGCUCAAAAUUUCUUAGAGGCAGGAGUCUCCCUAAUCGAUCUGAGUCCCCCAGGAUCCCCCACGUUCACAACUCGCUCCAGCAGUGACGGUGUAAGUGUGGAUAGUUUCGGAAGCGAUGGAAAUUCGAAUCCCUCUGUGUUCACCAGCAGUGGCAAUACCUCGCAGACCGAAAGUGCCUUCGAGGACGACUUCGACUUCUUCGGGAAUUUAAACAAACCCAAGUCAUCAAGCCUCGACCCCUGGAAAACGUCAACGAGUUUAGAUCCCUUUUCCCCAAUGUCAGGAGUGACGAAUGGUGUGAAACAAGUGGGCGACGCCAAUUUCUUCGCUUUCAAUGGCGACGCGUCUGGAGGUCUUUUACCUCCCACGAGUCAUGUCAGCACGAUGCCUACCAUCAUCCGGGCCAGACCACCAAAACCACCAGCUCCCAAAGUUUUACCCACGAGUUUAGCUCCCACUGUUACGAAUUUUGUGGCUAAUGGAGGGAGUGGAGCCUCUGCCACCUUUGACCAGAAUUUUUGGGGGAAUAGUUUUGAAAAAAACGAGAGGACCAAUCCCUCACCACCCAUGCCAUCAAUUCCACCUCCAGCACCACCAGUUGAAUAUCUAGAGGAGGUAGCCGACACUAUGGAUAAGCAGCAACCGCAUGGAAUUGCGUUGUACGAUUUUCCCGUAACGCAACCUGACGAUUUGCCAUUAAAAGAGGGCGAUGUUGUUAUCUUGAAACGGCAGAUUAAUGAUGAGUGGCUAGAAGGUCAAAUUGGAAAUAGGAUUGGAAUGUUUCCACUCAAUUUUGUUGAUAUUAUUGUUCCAUUGCCUGAGGUCACGACGGCUUUUGUCACUGCAUUGUACGCAUUCCCCGGGGAAACGUGGGAUGAUCUUCCCUUCGAGGAAGGUGUGAAGAUCAAUGUUUUGUCGAAAAUAUCAGAGGAGUGGUUGUACGGCGAAUACAAAGGUAAGAAAGGGCAGUUUCCAGCGAAUUAUGUGGAUCGAGUUCCUCAAAAUCUACCCAAGUAUUCUCCCAACUCUUGAGUUAGUUCAAAUCAGUACGAAAUCGAGACAUAAUCCAUUUGUAGACAUUAAUUCUGUGCUGAAGUGGCAAAUCAUGGAAAUAUUUUGAUACUCGACGAUUCCAAAACUUCUGCUAGAUGGAAAAAGUUUGAUGAAUCACUGCUGGAAUAAUAAUUUAAUUAUCAGGACGAUAUCUCGUCAAGUUUUGCUACUUCAGGGCACGUAGUGGCCCACUGAAAGUACUUGAAAUCAAAUAAUUUAAGGAAACCAUAAGAUGUAUAUAUUUUUGCUAAAACCUAGGAUAGCGAAUUUUAUUCCCUCGAAUUACUCUCUCAGUGUUCGAUGCAAUUCAUCAGCGAAGAAGUAAAGAGAAAUAUAUCUUCUUUUAAAAAAGAGCUAUACCAGAAAGAUCUUUACAAAAAAUGCACUCUCUCUCUCUCUCUUAUAUUCAGAUAUUUUUCGGACACUCAUCCACUAGUUAAAUUAACUGGUUAAUUUUUACCUCUUCGUUAUUGAAUUGAUGUUCCCUCGAGGACUUAUUGUGGUGAUCACUGCCCAAAGAAUAUUCUUUACGAAUUUCAAAGUGGUAAUAUUUAUCGGGAAUGCAUUAUCAGCCCUUCUGGUGAGCCAGAAAAAUAUCGAGGUGAGAAAUAAAUGAGUGCUGUGUGCUUUUUCCUUAUUUUUUCUAUGGCUGAUUGAGUGAGGGUUCAUUAGGAUCAAUUGUACAUACGAAAUGGUUGAAUUUGCUGCGAGAUAAUUUUUUUAUUGUCACGAGGCGCUCCGUUAUGCUUGCAAUUCCCUUUGCCCCCUGUUUAAUUAAUUGAUGUAUCAAGACACAAGUUUCUGUGACUUGUGUCGAGCGUAUUAAUCCAUGUGUACUGAUUUUUAUUGCAUUCGUUUAUUGAGAUGAGUGUUUCGUCACGUGGAAGUUACCGAAAUUAUUACCAUUGGAUAUUCUGGUUCGAUAAAUUCAGGAAAUUUAUUGAUAAUUCUUAAAAAAAUUGAGAUACUCAGACGUUUUUUAAUUUUCACUGAUUUACAGGCCAGAGUAACGAUGACGACACUAUUAAAUCUGUAAAAUGAUACGAAUUCACAUAAUUUCAUUCAUAAAAAUCGAUAAUUGUCACUAAUUAAGGUUUUCAUAGUCACUAAUAAUUCUGUAAAUAACUCAGUACAGUAGAAUCCCGUAAUAGUGGCUCUCUUCAAUGCCAACAAGAUGUAAACAAUCCACCAUGUACGCGACUAUAACGAGAAUCCACUGUACAAUGAAAUUUCAUACCUGAAUGCGCGUAAAAAAAAAGGUGCUACGAUUUUUUUAAAUUUACCCCUCUGCUGGAUGUAACGAGGCUUUUGCGAUUGAAUCAGCAAAAUUCUCUAGUUAAUUAUAUUUUCGUUAUUCAGUAUUACUUUCUUGGAAUAUCAGGAUAGAUGUAAUUAUUAUUGGGACCAAAUUUACAAUUAUCUCUACAAAAAAAUCUCGAAUCCCUCGUGCACCAGUUUAUAUUUAUAUCAGAAAAAUGGAAAAUUGAUAAUAAUUUACAUCUUAUGAUAUUAUACUGAUGUAGAAUGUGAUAUUUUAUCUCGUUUAAUAAUAAUUAAUCGAUGACCUAUG